AUGCCGAUCCUCAAGCAGCUGGUGUCCAACUCCCACCAGUCAAAGCGACGGUCUCGUGCCGACCUGACUGCAGAGAUGAUUAGCGCUCCGCUGGGAGAUUUUCGGCACACCAUGCACGUCGGACGAGGCGGAGACGCAUUCGGGGACACAUCUUUUCUCAGCACCCGAUCAGGAGAGCCGCCGAGGGAGGAAGAGCCCAAGCAAGACUUCACUGGAUCCAAACCGAGUCUUUUGUCUCGCACAUUCAGAAGCAGCAAGCGUUCGCAGUCCGCAAACCGCACUGACGGCUACAACAUGGCGGCUCCCAACAGCGGAUCAUCUGCGUAUGUCAAAAACGCUAUAUCUUUGCCUUAUCUUAACGAAGAGGUCAGCAGCAACGGGCCCAAUAGAAUGCCAAAAAGUGUCUCGUCGAGUCCGAUUAAAAAGUUGUCAGAUUACGAAAGCAAACCGGCGAACGGAGCGGCGGCUAUGGCUUCGCUGGAUGCCGAAUUUGAAGAGCGAAAUUUUGGCGAGCUGACCGAUUUGCCACCGUCGAAGCUUAAGCAGACCGGAAUGAAACAUGCAGAGUCUAUGAUGUCUUUCCACAUUGACCUGGGACCCUCCAUGCUCGACGAUAUUCUGGGCGUGAUGGAGAAAAAGGCGUGGGAAGAGGACGAUUUGGGAUUCGAAGAGGACAAAGUCAGCGACGGAAGAGCUUCGCCGUCUUACAUCCCGCAUAUCGACGACGACGACGCAGACGUGAAGGCUCCGACCAGACCCCCGAGGAGUAUGGGGACCUACGGGCAAGAAAUCCAAGCCAGGAACAACAUGAACAGCCACGACGAUAGCUACUCCAUUUCUAGCACCGAAUCGGUCGGCGACGACGACAAACGGCAGUACAUCCACGAAGAUACGGAUAGCGCAAAGUACAGUUCACCGCGGCAUGGAGAAGACGGCGAAUUUACUUUUAUGGAUGAAGACGACGAUGAAAUUCGAGUCUAG